AUGAAGAAGCAUGUGAGAGCCAUCACCAAAAGUGGUGCCAGCAUGCAGUGUGUGUGUGUGUGUGUGUGUGUGUGUGUGUGUGAAGAAGCACUGGCAAUGUUGUGCAGCAUAAGUGUGUGUGUGUGUGUGUGUGUGUGUGUGUUUCAAAACACGAGCAAGAGCCACCAAACUGAACGCCUUGCUACUCGUACUAUUCCUCGUAAGUGUGAGUGUGUGAGUGAGUGUGUGAGUGUGUGUGUGUGUGUGUGUGGGUCGACCUGCCGCUGGCUGGUUCGUCUGUCGGUCAGCCGUCAUCUCAGCCGCAAUAUGGCUGAUGCCAAGACAUCCGCCUCGGCCGCGAGCCUUGGCUCCGAUGAUAGCAAGCCACGCCUUUGGGAUAAGUUUCGCGGCAAGAAGACCAAGGGCGGCAAGGAUGACAAAAGCAAAGCUCGCCUCUCACCCAAUCUCCGCUCGUACUCAGCCUCUGCCAUCAGCGCCAUGGCCCUUGACACCAACCGGAGUUACUUCAAGUCCAACCGCCGACGCCGACGGGAAUCUCUCAACACUGGCGUCGUUUAUGAUAACAUGAGCCUUCUCGAUCGUCACGAUCAGGCUCGUGGUAGCCAGAGCUCAGAAGCCAGUUCCGCGUCCGUUCCCGAUGCAAAGCAGACGGCUAAACGUGCCGCCCGUGCCUACCAUGACGUGCGCUGGGACACAGACCCUGAUGCCUGGACCGAUUUGUCCCAACUGCCACCAGACCCCACUCUUGAGCCCGCCACCUGGGGUGACACAGUGCCCUCCGAGGAGCUAAAGGGCAUGGACAGUCGCGCCGUGCGCCGUCAGGAUAUGAUCUACGAAUUCAUCCAGACGGAGAAGGCGUUUAUUCGCAACCUCAUCAUUCUUCGCGUCAAUUUUCAACUACGCUUGAGCCACUCUGGCGUCUUGUCUCAGGAGCAACUGGAUGGCUUGUUUGCCAAUUUGGACGACAUUAUCGCUCUAAACGGGCCUUUUUGUCAACGGCUGGUGGAUCUGCAGCACGAAUACCAUGCACGCUCUUUUCCCAACAUGGGCGAAAAUUUUCAACAGCUUUUCCUGACGGAAACUUUUGAUGCCGACUGCAAUACCUACGGCGAUUUUUGCGCCAAUCAAUCUUCAUCAACUCGUGCCUUUCAAGCUCUCAUGCGUCAAGACCCCCACUUUGAACGCGUCAUUAAUGCUGCUCAUGCUGAGCCCGUAUGUGCGCGUCUCAAGUUUCCUGACUUCAUUGCCAAGGUUAUGCAACGCCUUUCCAAGUAUCCGCUGUUGAUUGAAGGCAUCCUGAAGAAUACUCGGACGAAACAGCAGCACGAAGAACGACAGUUACUGUCGCAGUGUCUGCAACAAAGCAAAUACAUGAUGGAAUUCUGCCCCGCCCACCGCACUCACAACUUCGUCUACCCGCAGGUGAUUGACAAGAAGAUUAAAGAACAGCAGGACUUGGAGCGGCUGCAUCAGAUCCAAGACAAGCUAGACUUCUCACAUUGCAUGCAUCACAAGCACUUGGCGCAUUACAGCAAGUUGAACCUCAUUGUCAAUGAAGAACGCACCAUGGUGCGAGAAGGCACCCUUGACGUUGUUACCGACGAAUCGCAAACCAAAGAGGUGUAUGUGAUCCUUUUCUCCGAUGUAGCCAUCUUCACCCAGCAAAAGGAGGCAGCGCUGAUUCUCAAAUGCCCAGGCAAAAGCAUUGUCAAGGCCGCCAUGGACCCCGUGCUCCCACUCAGGGGUACCAUUGUUCGCACCGACGCCACCGACAAGCGAAGCCUUAUCCUCGUCAAUACUCUGUACCACAAGAAAAAUCAAUCCAUGUAUCGCCUGCGCGCCAUGAACGGCAAGAUGAAAGAACAAUGGUGGAAUGAUUUUCAAAGAUGCAUCGUGCAACAAGAAAGACUGGGCCGUGACCCGCCGCUGUUUGAAGCGGCUCACGUGGAUGAUGAGCCUGCGGAUGCCACAAAGCUCGUUCCGCCUAGCCCAUUGAUAAGCCACAAGAGCGACGACUCACUCCUGGUGGCUCGAGCUGAAAAAAUGAAGGGCCACCACGAAUCUCCUGCGCACCGCAUGGCCAUGGAAACGGCCGCAAUCAAUCGCACGCUUCAUCAAGCUCGCAGCGCCUCUGCUACCACCUCGCCCACCAGUCGGCGCCCUCCGUCCACCCUCUCUGACUUUAGCCGCAGCAUCUCCGUUUCCGCCUCGCCCAUUUUGCGUCGAAGCCGCUUCGCCUCGGUCAAUGCCGCCAAUCGGUAUUCGCGUUUGACCAUCACUGUCAAAUAUAACGUGGUACCCGGCUUGACCUACUCCUUUGGUCUGCGUCUCGGCCCACUACCAGAUCACAUCCUUGAUGAGGAUGCAACACUGGAUGGUGGUCUUUAUGUCGUGGCAGUUGCCGGUACAUCCGAUGCUGAGCGCUCUGGCUUGAGACCGGGCGAUGUUAUUUUCUCCUGUGAUGGGCAAACUGUGCGCAAUCAGCCUCCCGCCCAGCUAGCCAACAGUCUUGACCUGCAUUCGGCGAUCAAAAAGCUUCAAAUAGCCCGCCCUCCCGAUCCAUCGCCCUCAGGCAGCACAGGGCGGCCGGUGACGCUUCAUGGUUCUCUACGCUAUUCAUCAAAGCGAAAAGCGGUAUUGCCACCACCGCUGCAAAUUAAAGAAGGCGGCGCAGGGGCCGCCGUGGGCAUUGGAAACUGGCUUGAGUCACAGACGGACGACAGCCAGCAUCCCGAGCCUUCGCUGGACGACUCAGUACGCACGCCUAUUUUUGACGUUCACCAUGAGCUACCAGAGGUGACCCCGGAGCCGCAGGCUGGGUUGGACAUGCUCUCGCCCCAGACCAUUCGUGAGGACGAGUCGUCGGAUGAAAGCCGUCUGGCUACACCCCAGGCCUUGUCUGAAAAGAGCUCGCGUCCGUCCAUUCCCGAGCUCAACUUUUCCCCCUAUGACUUGAAUAUUCCUGAAGCCAUUGGUGAAAUUGUUGGAGAAGACUUUGACCCUCGCGCUGAGCGCCAGCGCAGUCAGAGCAAGUACGGAUUUCAAGAGGAUGUGAACGAAAUGGCCGCCUUACCCCCGGCUACGCCAAUGACAGCACGGGUCACAGCUGAGCCUGGAACGGUACUCACAAUUGUCAUUGAUGCCGGCGCCAUCAACUUGCGGCUUGGCCUUGCCGGCGACGAGUUUCCAGACAUUGUCACGUCAAGUUUGCUGGGUGAUUUCUUGCCGCCAAGCGACUCGCGCGUCAUGACACCGGCCCAGCCCUCGGGCCAGGACGUGGCCCUCGUGCUGCCGGCCGGGUUGCCAAAAGGCCUAAGCCCCCAUUCGCGCGACGUUUUAGCCCGCAGUGCGCAGGCCGCACGGCCCGUGUCACCGCCGCUUCACCCUCUCUCUGUGGGCGUGGCCACGGGUGAUGCUGACUGGGAGCACGACUCUUCCAGCUCCGAUGAGGAAUCGACCAACGUGGGCGUGCGACAGGCCAACCCACGGCGCCCAGGCAAAAGCAAGGGGAAACCCCAUGACAAUGCUCUUGGGCACGACGGCGGGGCCACGACAUCAUUGCCGCACCCUCAGGCCCGGCAUGAGCCGUCCCGGUCCAAGCACAGCGCCGGUGCUUCGCCCGCUGCUGGAGUGGUGGCCACCGAACAGGACGACAAAGCUGGCAUUCACACUGCUCUGCAGUCAGAGGCGCCAAAUCUCACUGUGCCCGGCUCCGGUACUGUCUCUCAAGGUAGCCCUAUGCUGGUUAAUGCGCACAGUCCUGUGGGUCGCACCAUCUCUGUGUCGGGCAGCUAUAGCAGCCCCGAGCUACCGCCCUUGAACGUCGACGGCAACACGAGUGGGUGGGAGGAAGGCUUUGACUACAUUCGUUUGCCUUUGGGCUAUGAUGUGUUGGAGGCCGUCUAUCCCCCCGAGUUGUCUAGUGUGCUUCGCAUUUCCUACCCUUUGCGCCAGCGCGAUGCAACGGGAAGCUUGGCCGAUUGGGAUGGGGUAGCCCUUUUGCUGGAGCGCACUCUUUUGGAGCUUCUACACGAGGACACUCUGUGCCGCGUGGCCGUGGUUGAUCGACUUGUGGGCACGACGCAUCGAUUGAUGCGCCAGCGCAAUAUGAUCGCCGAAAAACUCUUCACCAUGCAAAAGGUGAAUGUGCAGAGUGUGUUGUUUGCUGACCAGGCCUACCUCUCCUGUCUGGGCUCAGGCCGGCGCUGUGCGCUUGUUGUACACGUGGGCGAUACCUACACCCAGGUUGUACCUGUGGUUCGAGGUGAUCUCAGCAGCGAGGUACCCGAGCCGCUGUUGAGCUGUGCCCGUGCCUCAGAGCUGGCCGGCGACACGGUGACGCAGCUGUUGGGUUUCUUUCUGCAAGCGCAGGCACCAGCAUUUACGCGCGUCACCCGUGAGCGGUACGGUGGGCCCAAAACUCAGGUCUUGUUGCGUGACAUCAAGGACAACCUCAGUUUUGUGUCCAUGGACUAUCGGGAGGACAUGCAGUCAUGCAACACAAGCACCGCCCUCCAAGAGGUCUAUGUCAUGCCAGAUGGAGACGGCGAGGUUGUCCUUGGGCCAGAGCGGUUUAGCUGCGUCGAACCCCUCUUCAAUUCGGACGUUGGCUUUCCGCACCUUGCAGAGAUCAACCCGGCACGUGGCCCAAGCGAGCAGCGUGAGACCAUUCCCAUGCUGGUGGCCGAGUGUCUCAACGCGUGUCCAGCCUCUGUUCAGGAUCUGCUUUGGUCCAACAUUGUGCUGAGUGGAGGCACAACGCUGAUGCCCAACUUUGCCGAGCGCCUCGAGUACGAGUUGAUGCAGCUUAUGCCCGGCCGACCGCCUUUGAAGAUUGAUCCACAGCACGACCGCGUGUUUUUGCCUUGGCUUGGAGCUGCCAUGUUGGGAGAAAUGGAGUCGAUGCAGAACCGCUUCAUUACCCGAGAGGCUCAUGAGGCCCGGGUGGCCCAGCAGUCAGCGCUGGGCAGUCCACUCAGUCGCAAACCCUCAAUUGGCAUGGCCAUGCCUCUGCCGCAAUCGCCGCAAACCCGACGUGCCGGGUUUGCGGCCAUGUCCAAUGCCAGCUCCAGCAGUGAUGUGACCAUUGUAGAUCCCGCCAACUUGUCGCGCCAGUCUUCUCUGCGCCGAUCUAUUGGGCGCAACAUCGAUACGGAGGAGACGCUAUACAACCUAGACUUGAGUGAUCUGCCAAUGUCCGGUACGACCAUGUCGCAAACUUCGGCAGCUACCCAUCUGGACCGCAUUCGCAGCGCCCUGAGUCGCGUGGAGGAGCAAAUUCUGCAUUUGCAUGCCACACGAGAUGAAUUGCAAGCGGAGCUCGAAGUGUUGGCCAGACAUGGUGAAUACAUUGAUGUUGUGCCCGAGGAGGAUGAGCGUGAGAUCGACUCAGAGUCCAAGAGGGUGCCUAGUCGCCCUGCCACGGGUGCACAAGGGGCCAAGGGCAAGAAGACGCAGUCGGUGUCUUUGGGCAUGACCACGGCACAGGCACUUGAGGCUUUGACGUGCGAAGCACGCGCGCUAACGUUGGAGAGUGAGCAUCAGCGUGCUGGCAAGGCAGCCAAGGCCAAGCCAGGGAGUCCAAAGGUGGCUCCACCGCGCCCGCCACCGCCCAUGCAAAAGACAAGCUCGUUGGAAGGCGCAACUGUUUAUGCGCCGCAGCAUGACGCUGUACACGUGGGUUUACCCUUCAUGCCUUUUGAUUCACGCCUAACGGCUGAAUCAAUCGCGUUGUGGGAUCCAGCAAUGGUGGCCUCUUGGUUUGAGACUGUGGAGCUCGAUGCCAUGGCUGAGCGUGCUUUCGUUCAUGGCAUCAAUGGUAAGUUUUGCUGUGGGACAGCCUGCUUCUAUUUUGCAGCUUUUUGA